AUGGCCCCAAGCCACCUCCUCCGGGCAACAAUGCCACUCCGAACCAUCAUCACGCCUCUGUCCCUGACACGCACCCCAAUUCUCCAAUCAACAUACAUCACCAGCCGCAACACCUCAACAACCCCCCAACCAACUGGGACAGAAACCCAAGCACCCCCACGACUCCGCAACUACGCCUCAGCCCUGAAGACCGGCACCGUGGUUUCUGUCGGCCGAAUGGAGCGCACCGUCCGCGUCCUCCACAGACACACAGUCUGGGACCGCCACAUCCGCAAAUACUACCCGCAGGAAACGAACUUCCUCGUCUCGGACCCCAUGAACUCCCUGCGCUCCGGCGACGUAAUUGAGUUCUCGUCCGGUGCGCCCAAGAGCAAACACGUGCACCAUGUUGUUGAGCGGAUUAUCACACCCUUCGGCGAGAGCAUUGCUGAUCGACCUGCUGUGCUGAGCAAGGAGGAGCGUGAGGCAGAGCGGGAGACUCGUUGGGCGGCGAAGUAUCUUCGCCGUGAGUCGAGACGGCUCGGUAGUGAGAUUGAUCUUCUUGCUGAGGCGGAGAAGGCUGGUGUGCAGGUUGAAGAGGGACUUUCCGAUGCGCAGCUGAUCCAUAGGAUUCAUGCGGCUAAUGAGCGCGUCGGGAAGGUGAAGAGGCUUGUACAGGAGCGGACUGAGGCCGAGAAGACUGAGCCCGUGGUUUAG